AUGAGAGAUCGCAGGCUUCGACAUCUAGCGGGCGUUAUUGCAUCCCUUUGUCUCUUGGCUGGAUAUCGGUUCAAGCAUAAUGCCGUCGCAAUCUUUCAAAAUGAGAUCGAGAUUCGCAGGAACAUGGGCAACCAUCGUCAAACGCAAGAAAUUCCCCAUGUGCUUGUAGAAUCAAUAAUGCGUCAGCCUGCAACAGCAACCGACAAGCAUAGAACGAGUUUCAGUAGUGCACCGCCGUCCGUGCCAUUGUUUGUCAUGAGUCUCCCAAACCAUGCUGACCUGGUACUGCCAAGGUUCUUUCGAUGUGCUGGCAUGGCAACAAACCAAAUUGGUCGAUAUUGGACCCAACCAGGUGGGAGCAAAUCUCCAGGUCAACGACCCAUUGGCCAAUGCUUCAAGAGGAAUUUAGAGCUGAAAGGGAAUAGAAGUAUCACGCAUGGGUGUGGAAGCUACGAUGUCUGGAUGGAUCUGCAGCAUCUAGCUGGUCCCCACACAGUCUUCCACAACAACAAAACUGCAAGCUGCUUUGAUCCAGUUCUGUACCCUGGUGCAUUGGAAAGGCUCUAUCAAGCUCAUCCCAAUGCAACCAUCCUGAACUUUGUACAAGAUCCACAGGAUUGGUAUAGAACUCUUUCCAAGGAUUUCCCUUGGCAUUGGGCGGAGUGGUGCAAUCCCAGUCACGGCAUUUCAUUUCCUGAACAUGACAACCAAGACAACUAUGUUCAAUUUUACAACAAUUAUCAAGACAGAUUGCGAUCCUUCCUGCAACAGCAUCCUUCGUUGACCUACAUUGAAUUGGAUCUCAGAAAUAGUCAAGAAUCAAUUGCGGCUGGACUCAUGCCGCAAUUGGGGAUUCCCGAGAAAUGUUGGACCAACUCCUUUGCUGCCAAGGUUCCAGAGAUCCCAGAUGAGGGUGAUGAUGAUGCUUUUGAGGGUGAGAAUGGAACUGGGGACUACAAAGUGAAGACAACAACAGGUUUGCUGUUGAACGAGUUGAGAUUCCCCAUUUUGGUGACUGCUCUGCCAAAGAGUGGGACCACAACAAUCUCUGAGUACUUUCGUUGUGGACUGGGGCAGUGGGCAUCUGCUCACCAACAGACACUGAACCUAACUAACUUCAAAAGCACCACCAUUGGUCAUUGCAUGAUGGAAAACCUGAACAGCGGUCUACCGUUGCUGCAUCGUUGUGGCAAUGCCAGGGUCUUCUCUGACAUUGGAAUAUUCCUCAUUAAGCAGUCUACAUGUUACUACCCUACUCUACAUGGCGGACUGGAGGAGUUUGCCAAGGCAUAUCCUUAUGGGACCAUCUUGCAUCUUCGUCGUAAUUUCAAAAGUUGGUAUGACAGCUCCAAUCGGUGGGGUGAUCUACUGAAGCGUUGGUCCAGUAGCCAGAUGUGCCGCAACAUCUUCCCUCCACCACAUUCCAAUCAAUCAGCGUGGGAGAACUUCUAUCGUGGCCAUGACAAACUAAUUGAGGACUUUGCACAGGAGCAUCCUACGAUAUCAUACCUGGAUAUCCCUCUGGCAAGUGCCGGUACUGUGUUGCAUGAAACAUUCGGUUUUGCUGCUGAAUGCUGGGGUCAUGCAAACAUUAACAAGGGCUACCGCACAUCAAGAUGA